AUGGCUACUCCUCCUACUAGAGCUCGAGCUGAUUACGAUUACCUCAUAAAGCUUCUCUUGAUUGGAGACAGCGGUGUAGGAAAGAGUUGCCUCCUCUUACGUUUCUCAGAUGGCUCGUUUACCACCAGCUUCAUUACGACUAUCGGUAUUGAUUUCAAGAUACGAACCAUUGAGCUGGACGGGAAGAGGAUUAAGCUGCAAAUUUGGGAUACUGCUGGACAGGAGCGGUUUCGUACAAUCACAACAGCAUACUACAGGGGAGCCAUGGGAAUUUUACUUGUGUAUGAUGUUACAGAUGAAUCAUCUUUUAACAACAUAAGGAAUUGGAUCCGUAACAUUGAGCAACACGCUUCUGACAAUGUCAACAAGAUUCUAGUGGGGAACAAGGCUGAUAUGGACGAAAGCAAAAGAGCUGUGCCAAAAUCCAAGGGUCAAGCUCUUGCAGAUGAAUAUGGAAUCAAGUUUUUUGAGACCAGUGCCAAGACAAAUUUGAAUGUGGAGGAAGUUUUCUUUUCAAUUGGUAAAGAUAUUAAGCAAAGACUUGCAGAUACCGAUGCCAGAGCUGAGCCACAAACAAUCAAGAUCAACCAAGCGGGCCAGUCUGCUGGAACAUCGCAAGCUACGCAAAAAUCAGCGUGUUGCACUUCUUAA